AUGAUAGGUGACGGCAGCAGCGGCGUUGCCGUCGACGUACAAAUUGGGCACGUUGUCAUCCCUUGCGCAAGUGCAGCCACCGCAGCUCCUUCCGCUGUGGCGCUCCCGUUGGCCGAGCCGGCGCACAAGAGAGCGCGUGUUGACACUGUGACGACGCUGAGUAACCCCUCGACGCAGACGAACGUUGUGAUUGCUGCCGCGUGGUCGGAGGAGCACAUCGCCGAGGCUCUUCGACGGUACGCUGUCGCGUCGCUCACGGUAACUUCAGGUGAGGUGGCAGAGGGCGGCAGCCCUUUACCCUCCUCAACGGCUACCGCGGCCGCGGCUGUUCUCAAGACUGUAAAUGAAUCUGCCAGCAGCUGGGUGGCUGCGUGGCCCGCGGUGCGUCUCUCCCCGACACGUGCAAACGUGGCUGACGGCGAUAGUGAGGCAACGAAGUCCACCUCGGCCGGCUGGUCGGCAGUCAGCUUCUCCUUCGUACCUGGCGUUCUUGUGCCAUCACCCUUGGCUACCACUAAGGAAGGUCACGCCAGCGUCAGCGAGGUAACCGUGCCGGACGCUGCGCCAGCUGUGGACGCAACGACGCUUCGUGUCUUGGCGGCGAUCUCUCUUCCUCGUGCACUCUGUGUUCCCUACAGAGGCACUGCGAUGGAAGCCGUGGCUGAUAGCUGCUCCGGGUGCGUGUCUGCCGUACUGACCGAGCGCAUCCAAAUCCGAGCUUCCACAGCGACACCUGCAUCGAGGUUGGCGUCGUUUCCAUGCAUGGAUAGCGUGUUGCCGGCGGAGCUGCUGGCGAGACCUAUCUUUCUCGUCGGGGCUGGCGGCAUCGGCUGUGAAGUGCUCAAGGUUCUCGUGCUAAGAGGCUUCACGCAGAUCCACCUCAUCGACCUCGACACAAUUGACGCCACCAACCUGAAUCGGCAGUUUCUCUUUCAGGUGUCUGAUGUGGGCCAAUCAAAGGCAAUCACGGCACGCCGCGUCGUACUUGACUGGUUCGCAGCCACCAACGUCCCGUCACCGGACCACACUGGCGCUCUCCGUGGCCGUCGCACACCGCCAUGCAUUGUGGCGUACCACGACAGCGUCAAAGCGGAUCGCUACGACGAUGCCUUCUACCGGCAGUUCGCCGUGGUGCUAGGCGCGUUGGACAACGUGUCGGCACGGCAGCAUGUGAACCGCAUGUGCAUGCGCAACAACGUUCCCCUCAUCGAGAGCGGGACGAUGGGAUACAACGGGCAGGUCCAACCGAUGCUCAAGGAUGUGUACGAGUGCUACGACUGCCGACCAAAGCCGCCAGACACCAAAACGUUUGCCGUGUGCACCAUUCACGCACGCCCCACAACGAUGGUGCACUGCGUGCACUACGCAAAGGAGCUGUACGAGACUCUUUUUGGCAGCAGCCCGUCGGACACAGAUGGCAAGGAGGCGGGUGCCCUCGCUUCUACUAGGACCACUGCUGCGACCGACACCGCCUCUGCCAAGUCUUCGCAAGAGGUGAAGGAGCAGCAGAGGGCAGCAGCGCCGAGUGACGGGGGCGAGCUGUCGUAUCUACGCACCAUGGUGUCUGACUGGCGCUGUCGAGUUGCCACUGUGCCGAGCGGGUUAACAGGCGCCUCUAUGCUAGGGCACAGUGAUGGCGGUGACGUUGAUAGCGGCAGCGCUUCGUCGGCGGCUGCCCUCGCUGUGAAGUUGCUGCGCCUCCUCUUUGUGGCCAACAUUGAGGCGCUUCUCUCUCUGAAGUCGUUCUGGCCAGGGAAGUCGCCGGAGCCGCUGAGCUCCGGCCACCUGCACUGCG